UGCAUGGUUGAUGAUGUCACUGGGCUUGAUGCUUCCAAUAACUGUGAGGAAGCAGCCACCUGCUGCAGCCUCCUCCCACCGCUGCUGCGCCAUCUGGCAGAUGAGGCAGAGUAGACCAGGAGAGAAGAUCAACACACCAGCUGCACCGCUCUGACACCAGACAGGAAUUCGUGCUGCAGGUGUGAUCUCAAAUGGAGCCAGAUAUGACACACCGUUGCAAUGAGACCAUCGAUGAAUUUCGUAACAUGGUUUACUCCACAUCCUACUCCCUCAUCACCGUGCUGGGCCUGGUUGGGAAUGGCUUUGCCCUGGUGGUGCUGAUCAGAGCGUACCGCCAGAGCUCACCUUUUCACGUCUACAUGCUGAACCUGGCCGUGUCCGACCUGCUGUGCGUCAUGACGCUGCCACUGAGAGUCCUCUACUAUGUCACGGGCGAGUGGAACCUGGGGGACUUCGUCUGUCGCAUCAGCUCCUACGCCCUCUAUGUCAACCUCUACUGCAGCAUCUACUUCAUGGCUGCCAUGUCCGUCACGCGUUUCUUGGCCAUCGUCUUCCCUGUGCAGAACCUGCGGCUGGUGACAGAGAACCGUGCUCGCCUGGUGUGCGUGGGCGUCUGGGUGUUCAUCUGCCUUUCGUCCUCACCCUUCCUGAUGACGGGCGAGAAAAGGGACCCCAUCACAAAUAAAACCACGUGCUUUGAGCCUCCAGCACAAGGUACAGAUAUGAAGAAACUAAUCUGGCUGAACUAUUUGUCCCUGGUGGUGGGCUUUGCCCUGCCCUUCCUGGUAAUCCUGAUCUGCUACGCCGGCAUAGUCCGUGCCCUGCUGUCCCGCACCAACGCUGCCCGACGCCAGCGAGACACGGGCACCAGAGCCAUCCGAAUGAUUGUCAUCGUCCUGCUGACCUUCCUCAUCUGCUUCAUGCCGUACCACGUGCAGCGCACCAUCCACCUGAGCUUCCUGUCCCAGCCUGGCAGGUCCUGCCCAGAGAAACUUGCCAUGCAGAAGUCCGUCGUGGUGACGCUGUGUCUGGCUGCUGCCAAUUCAUGCUUCGAUCCGCUGCUUUAUUUUUUUUCCGGCGAGGGUUUCCGCAGUCGCUUGUCCUCCCUGCGCAGGUCAAUGAAGGAAAGCACCCACAACCGUAUAGUCAGGGUGAUGCCCGUCAAAGGCUCAGAGUCUGGGGAAAACCAUCAGCUGGGCUGAGGGCCAGAUAAUUUAAACCAGACAGGAGGCUCAUCAAACAAGCAGCUUAGGAUAUGUUUAGAGCUCAGGGUGGCGUGUGGCCUCAGUAGCAAACAGGGAAGGAGUUGAGAGAAACAUAAUAAAACAUUUCAAUUAAUUAGGGCUGUUUUACUCAUGAACACAAGUCUCAGGAGCAUGUUUUCCUUUAAAAUCAAUAUUUAUUAUUCUCAAGAAUGCAUAGUGUUCAAUGUUUAAAUCUGCAUUAUCAUUAUGGCAGUAUAAAGUAUCCUAUUAUGUCCCAAAAGUUACUCAAACUGUGGAAUUACAAAUAUAUAUACACAGUAUAUCAAUGUAUGAAUGUUUUGUAGAUACUGUUGUCUUUUUAUCGAGUCUUGUAUCACUCAACCUGCAUAUAAAUGUUUAUCAAGAAGGGCUAAACUCAACUGUGCACCUUUAAUUUUCUUAUCUAUUCUUCUUCUCCUUAUCUUCUAUCACUGUUUUUUUUUUUUUACAUUUUUGUGGCAAUGUUAACGUUGUUAUUAUGAGUUAUUGUGAUUUUCCAUGCUUAUUAUAAAGAAUUUUACUCAAUUUGGAUUCAUAUUUGUUGUUUUUGUGCUAUUGAUUUUUUAUAUUUCUGUGUAUCUUAUUUGUAAAUAAUAAUGAUGAUGAAUAAUGAUUUUCAGCACUGUGUACUUUUAAAAGAGUAGUUUGAUAUUUUGUGAAAUACGCUUAUUUGCCUUCUUGUUCUUAAGAAUUAGACAAGAAGAAUGACGUCCCUCUCGUAACUGCAACUGGUUCAGUAUUCUGCUGCCAGGCUUCUAAUGGUCAUUAAUAAAAGGGAGCACAUUGCACCAGUCCUGGCAUCGUUGCACUGGCUUCCCCUACAAUUUAGAAUACAUUUUAAAGUUGUAUUACUCACUUUUAAAGCACAACUUGGUCUGACCCCAGAAUACAUAAUGGAUCUCUUAACACCCUAUACGCCUGUAUGUGGUCUGAGAUCAUCUGAUCAGCUACUUCUUGCUGUUCCCAGGUCCAAUUUUGUGACGAGAGGCGAUCAGGCUUUUGCUGUCAGGGCUCCCAAACUCUGGAAUGCACUUCCUAUAGAGAUACCAUCAUCUAAAAAAAUCGUUUGAAAACACAUUUUUUUAGGAUAGCAUUCCUAUAAAUAGAAGACUGGGUAUAAAUAUAUGUAUGUAUACAUCCGUUUCUGGACGCAUGUGUACAUUUAU